UUAGGAUGAAUCACCUUGCUGGCCAACAGUUAUUGGAAUGAUUCUCCACGUGUGACUUCGUUGCACUAUUACAAAAUGUGGCAGGAUAGACCUGCCCAGCCAUUGUUGCCGGUGUUCAUUUGUAAUGCUGCCUUAAGGAGAUGAGGACAUGAGAGCCAAUUGUUCCAGCAGCUCAGCCUGCCCUGCCAACAGUUCAGAGGAGGAGCUGCCAGUGGGACUGGAGGUGCAUGGAAACUUGGAGCUCGUUUUCACAGUGGUGUCCACUGUGAUGAUGGGGCUGCUUAUGUUCUCUCUGGGAUGCUCCGUGGAGAUCCGGAAGCUGUGGUCGCACAUCAGGAGACCCUGGGGCAUUGCUGUGGGACUGCUCUGCCAGUUUGGGCUCAUGCCUUUCACAGCUUAUCUCCUGGCCAUCAGCUUUUCUCUGAAGCCAGUCCAAGCUAUUGCUGUUCUCAUCAUGGGCUGCUGCCCGGGGGGCACCAUCUCUAACAUUUUCACCUUCUGGGUUGAUGGAGAUAUGGAUCUCAGCAUCAGUAUGACAACCUGUUCCACCGUGGCCGCCCUGGGAAUGAUGCCACUCUGCAUUUAUCUCUACGCCUGGUCCUGGAGUCUUCAGCAGAAUCUCACCAUUCCUUAUCAGAACAUAGGAAUUACCCUUGUGUGCCUGACUAUCCCCGUGGCCUUUGGUGUCUGUGUGAAUUACAGAUGGCCAAAACAAUCCAAAAUCAUUCUCAAGAUUGGGGCCAUUGUUGGUGGGGUCCUCCUUCUGGUGGUCGCAGUUGCUGGUGUGGUCCUGGCGAAAGGAUCUUGGAAUUCAGACAUCACCCUUCUGACCAUCAGUUUCAUCUUUCCUUUGAUUGGCCAUGUCACGGGUUUUCUGCUGGCACUUUUUACCCACCAGUCUUGGCAAAGGUGCAGGACGAUUUCCUUAGAAACUGGAGCUCAGAAUAUUCAGAUGUGCAUCACCAUGCUCCAGUUAUCUUUCACUGCUGAGCACUUGGUCCAGAUGUUGAGUUUCCCACUGGCCUACGGACUCUUCCAGCUGAUAGAUGGAUUUCUUAUUGUUGCAGCAUAUCAGACAUACAAGAGGAGAUUGAAGAACAAACACGGAAAAAAGAACUCAGGUUGUACAGAAGUCUGCCACACGAGGAAAUUGACUUCUUCCAAAGAGACCAAUGCCUUCUUGGAGGUGAAUGAAGAAGGUGCCAUCACUCCUGGGCCACCAGGGCCAAUGGAUUGCCACAGGGCUCUCGAGCCAGUUGGCCACAUCACUUCAUGUGAUUAGCAGGGACUUGCUGGUUGGAUUGGCACCCUUCUUUUUCAGUGGCCAGUAAAGACAGUGUGCAGCUGACACAUGAAUCUUGUUGGUAGGGCCAGUGUGAAUAUUUAAGUGUUCAAUGUUAGAAUAUUUAUAU